UGAUAAAGAGAGGAAGAGGUCAAAAGCUUGUCUUGAAAAACAAGCUAAGAAAAUGAAAGCUAAUUCCGAUAAAAAGUUUCCCCCCGUCACCAAAGGAGUCACUGUUCGUGUUCCAAUUCCUGACGUUGACAAAGGAAGAGGUGACUUGAGAAAUAUUCUGGCAGUGGUCAUGGAUACGACAGAAGAUGGGUUUUACAAAUUAGGGACCGCCAACGGAGUUUUGAAACAACUGUACGCAAGGUCACAGUUUACAGUUUGCCAAAAAAGCCUAGUUCGACUCGAACUCCCCGGAACUCCCAACGAUUGUGCUACCGCCGAAAUCGACAGGUACAUCGCUGAACCACCACUUCCCAGAGAAGGCGAUCCUCUGUCCUGGUGGAGGAUUCACGAGGCAGUCUACCCAAAUCUCAGCAGACUCGUUAAAAUAAACAUGGGGUUUGUGGUUCGAGUAGAAGACGUGCCUGAUCAAGAAACAGGACUUCGUACCGUUGCAACAGCUCAGUCAACAGGAAGCGGCCAAGGAUUUGUGAGAUGCACUUGCAAAACUAAAUGUCAAACCAAACAAUGUGCUUGUGUUAAAAACAAUCGAAAAUGCAACUCGAAGUGCCAUAGUUCUCUUUCCUGCUGUAACAAGUAAUUUCUUAAAUUAAUAUUUCACUUUUAAAUUUUACUCUAGUAAAAUAUGAGGAUUUUCAGAUCCUAUGUUUAAUACAUUUCAUGUUUGUUAUUUGCAAUAAACAAUUUUUAACAAUGUUGUUCAUUUUAUACUUUGCCUGCAAAACUUUCGACAUUCUAUAUAAUGCCUAGGCAUUAUACACAAUGCCUAGGCAAAGUUUGUACAAUUGUUAAGAAAUGAGUUUAUUUCAUACUUUGCCUGGAUUCACUCGGCAAUGUAUACAAUGCCUAGGUAUUCCAUA